AUGCCCUUCGUCGAAACAGCUGCGGCUGAAAUCAACAGCGCCUUUGCUCACAUUGCAGACGCAAAUAUCGAUGCGAUUCUGAAGCAAUUGACUCUCGAUGAAAAGGUUUCUCUCCUGACAGGUGAAGACUUCUGGCACACCGUCCCUAUCCCCCGACUCGGUAUUCCAUCGAUUCGACUUUCAGACGGCCCCAAUGGAAUUCGUGGCACGCGUUUCUUUGGCAGUGUCCCGGCUGCAUGUCUUCCCUGUGGCACUGCAAUUGGAGCGACCUUCGACCGCGAUCUAGCCAUCGAGGUAGGACAUUUUCUCGCCGCAGAGGCAAAGGCCAAAGGCGCGCAUGUCGUUCUUGGUCCUACAAUCAACAUCCCUCGAGGCCCACUCGGAGGAAGGGGGUUCGAGUCAUAUUCGGAAGAUCCACUGCUGUCGGGUGUCAUUGCUGGCCAUUACUGCCAGGGAUUGCAAGACAAGAAUAUAACUGCGACCCUAAAGCACUUUGUUUGCAAUGACCAGGAGCACGAGCGCAUGGCUAUAAAUUCCAUCGUCACGGACCGCGCGCUCAGAGAGAUUUACCUACUACCAUUCAUGAUCGCCAUUGCGCUGGGAAAGCCCGGUGCGAUCAUGACGGCGUACAACAAAGUAAACGGUCUGCAUGCACCAGAGAACCCGACACUUAUCCGAGAUAUUCUCCGCAGAGAAUGGGGCUGGGAGGGGUUGUUGAUGAGUGACUGGAUUCCCGUUGACGGUUUUUAUUGCAUCAGGUUCGGAACGUAUAGCACUUGCGAAGCCAUCGACGCUGGUCUUGAUUUGGAGAUGCCAGGCCCAAGCAGAUGGCGGGGUAGUGCUUUGACACAUGUCGUCACAGCGAACAAAGUCUCAACCACUACAUUAAAUACCCGUGUCCGAGCUGUGCUACGCCUGAUCCAGCAAGCAGCCAAAUCCGGCGUUCCGGAACGGGCACCCGAACAACAGUUGAACAGGGAGGAAGAUAGAUGUCUUUUGAGAAAAGUUGCAUCAAACGCAGUCGUGUUGCUGAAGAACGAAGACAGUAUACUCCCAUUGAAGAAGGAUAAGAGAAUCGCUGUGAUUGGACCCAAUGCGCAGGUUGCCUCAUACUGUGGUGGUGGUAGCGCCGCACUGAACCCCUAUGCCGCCAUCACUCCCUUCGAGGGUAUCUUCAAUUCUUCCGCCGGUGGUGUUGACUUUGCACAGGGGAUAUACGGCCAUCAGAUGCUACCAUUGCUGGGCAAGCGUCUGCACACUGAGGAUGGUCACACUGGCUUCACCUUGAAAAUCUUCAGUGAUCCACCAACAACGCCAACCAGAAGAAUGCUGGAGGCGCGCCACGAGACGGACUCGAUGGUUUUCUUCCUUGACUACAAUCAUCCCGAGCUGCCAAAGGUUUGGUAUGCUGACGCAGAGGGGUAUUUCACACCACAGGAGUCUGGGAUCUACGACUUCGGUCUCUCCGUUCAUGGAACCGGGAAGAUUUUCAUCGAUGGAAAUCUAUUAAUCAACAACGCUGAUGUCCAACGGCCAGGUACUACCUUCCUCGGUAAUGGUACCGUAGAAGAGCGUGGAACAAUGGAACUCGUUGCAGGGAAACAGUAUAAGAUUCAUGCGCAGUGGGCAUGUGCCAAAACCAGCAAGUUCAAAGUCCCGGGUGUGGUCGACUUCGGCCACGGUGGAUUCAGACUCGGCGGAUGUAAACAACUUUCUCCCGAGGAUGGAAUCCGAGAAGCUGUGCAGCUAGCAGCAGAAGUUGAGCAAGUAGUUCUCGUUGCAGGAUUAAGCGGCGAAUGGGAGUCUGAGGGUGAGGAUCGGACAAACAUGGAUUUGCCACCUCAUACCAACGAACUUAUCUCUCGAGUCCUGGAAGUUAACCCCAAUACAGUUAUUGUGAUGCAAAGUGGCACUCCAGUCGAAAUGCCCUGGAUCCAACAGGCGAAGGCCGUGCUGCAUGCUUGGUACGGGGGGAACGAGACGGGAAAUGGCAUUGCUGAUGUCGUCUUUGGCGACGUUAAUCCGUCCGGCAAACUUCCUCUCACGUUUCCCCGCCGCUUAAAGGAUAAUCCCACAUAUUUCAACUACCGCUCGGAGGGUGGGAGAGUCCUCUAUGGAGAAGACGUAUACGUAGGAUAUCGGUUCUAUGAUGAAAUUGAGAUUGAACCGCUUUUCCCCUUCGGGCAUGGUCUUUCCUAUACCAGAUUUGCGCUGUCUGGCUUGGAAGUCGCAACCAACUCUGAUAAUCGCCUGGUUGUAAAGUGCAAUCUGCAAAACGCCGGCCCGGUGGCUGGAGCAGAGGUGGUACAGUUAUAUGUGGCAUCAGUAUCGCCUCCUAUCAAGCGUCCUCCGAAGGAGCUGAAAGAGUUCAAGAAGGUCUGGUUGGAAUCGGAGACAGAAAAAGUGGUGGAAAUCCCUCUUGACUUGGUGCGCGCAACGAGUUUCUGGGAUGAAAAGAGUGCCAGCUGGUGCAGUCACAGUGGCACAUACCGAAUCAUGGUCGGAACCAGCAGCCGUGGUACCUUCUUGGAAAGCUCUGUCGAGCUCAGCGAGACUACCUUUUGGUCCGGGAUUUGA